AGACGCGCUAAUGCUAUAUAUAAAUAUAUAAAAAGAAAAAAAGCAGUUGCUGUUGAGAAUCUUUCCUUAAUUUCAAAGCAGAGAAAAGGUGAAUGGAGACAGUAAUGGAAGAUGAAGAAUACAACUACAGGGAAGUGACGCUUCCUUCUCUGAUUCCGGUGGUGCCGGAGCCAGAGCUGGAGAGGGAAACAGGGGAAAGGAGACGUGGAAGGGACUUAGUAAUAGCCAUAGAUCAUGGCCCCAAUAGCAAACAUGCCUUCCAUUGGGCUCUCAUCCACCUUUCUAGACUCGCUGAUACUAUCCAUCUCCUUCACGCCGUUUCAGACUUGAAGAAUCAAGUUGUUUAUGACAUAACCCAGGGGCUCAUGGAAAACUUAGCUGUUGAGGCUUUUCAAGUAGCCAUGGUGAAAACAGUAGCUCGGAUUGUAGAAGGUGAUCCAGGAAAAGUAAUUUGCAAGGAAGCAGAGAGGAUCAAACCUGCAGCAGUGGUUAUGGGGACCAGAGGCAGAAGCUUGAUUCAAAGUGUGAUACAGGGAAGUGUUGGUGAGUACUGCUUUCACCACUGUAAAGCAGCACCUGUUGUGAUUGUUCCUGGAAAAGAUGCCGGAGAUGCCUCAAUCGUCUAGUGGAAUUAUGUUUUAAACAAUGUAAAGGGAUAUGUUUUGUAUAUUGCCUUUGUUUUAUCGUGUAUCUAACUUGAAAUACUAGUGUGAAGAUUGUUUCUAAUUCAUUUGAACAAGAAAAAAAAAACAAAGCAUCACCCUAUGCUGCGGUUUGUCUUGUGAUUUUACAUAUUCUUUUCUGGAAAGUAACAAUUGAUUGUCUGCAUACGUUACCAUUAUUUAAAAUCUAAUUGUAACUUUUACUUCCA